AUUUAAGCAGGAGCAGAGCAGGUGCAGGUUUUGUAUGCAUCAUUCAACGAGCUCAACGAUGUGGAGCUUUUUGAGCAGAAGAAGCGGUGCGGAGAUUUUCCGUCUCAAUAAACGCAUUCCUCUGCCCCUCACUAUCCCUAUCCGAACCUUCUCCACUCCCACCGGUCUCUAUGGCUUUCCCCAUUUGAAAACCGCAAAAGGUUUUCAACCAUUCGCUGAUGAAGCCAUUCAAAGGUCUGCAGAACUCGUUAGUUUCAUUCGUACGCAUGCUGAAAUAAUGCGAGCAAUGGAUGAGAUUUCUGACACUGUCUGCUCUGUUGUUGACUCUGCUGAAUUGUGUAGGAACACCCACCCUGACAGGGAGUUUGUUGAGGAGGCAAACGAGGCAUCAAUGAGAAUUAAUGAAUAUCUACAUCAUCUGAACACAAAUCAUGAUCUAUAUGUUGCGGUGAAGAAAGCUGAGCAAGAAUGCCAUAUGCUUUCUGAGGAAGGUCAAAGGGGACUUAGAAAUUUACGUGUUGACUUUGAAAGGGGUGGAAUUCAUCUUUUCCCUGAGAAACUAGAUCGAAUGAACACGCUAAAUAUUGAAAUUUCUCACCUAUGCAGAGAGUACUGUGAAAAUAUUGUCAUGGACCCAGGAGCUGUUGAUAUAUAUCCAUCAUCUCGCAUCCCCAAGAAUUUGCAUUAUCUUGUAAAGCCUAUCUAUCGUUCAGAAUCUUUAAUAACCAAGGGUUUAUCGGGGUCCAGGGACACCGUUAAAGAGAGAGGAUUUCGGAUUACGACAGAUCCACAAACUCUUAGUUCUCUACUACAAUUUUCAUCAGAUGAUGAGGUUAGGAAAAUGGUAUAUAUUCAAGGAAAUUCUGUGCCACAUGCAAAUGUUGAUGUCCUCAGGAGGCUUAUAUCUGCCCGACAUGAAUUAGCUCAGAUAAUGGGGUGUAGAUCUUAUGCUGAAUUUUCUGUAAAGCCUAACAUGGCUUCAUCACCAAAAGUUGUAAUGUCAUUUCUACUCGAAAUGAACAAGAUGGUCCAGGCUAAGAUUAUAGAGGAGCAUAAGAUACUUAUGAACUUCAAGAGAGAGAAUUGUGGUCACAGUGAUGGAAAUUUAAGGCCAUGGGAUGAGGCCUAUUACAUGACAACGAUGAAGUCCUCUGCAUAUAAAUUGGAUUCUUCGAUUGUAGGUUCAUAUUUUUCUCUCUCAAACUGUAUUGAGGGUUUGAAGGUGCUGGUGCAGUCAUUGUUUGGUGCAACCUUUCACAGCAUCCCUUUAGCACCUGGUGAAUCUUGGGAUCCGCAAGUGCUUAAACUGUCUCUUCAUCAUCCUGAUGAGGGUGACUUAGGAUAUCUCUACCUCGAUCUGUACUCUAGAAAGGGAAAGUAUCCUGGCUGUGCUCACUUUGCAAUUAAAGGGGGUCGCAGGAUUUCUCAAUCAGAAUACCAACUUCCAAUUGUUGCUCUUGUUUGUAACUUUUCGGGUUCUCGGAAUCCAUCAGCUGUAAGGCUUAGUCAUUCAGAAGUAGAAACUCUAUUUCAUGAGUUUGGACAUGCUCUUCAUUCACUGCUUUCAAGAACGGACUACCAGCAUUUUUCAGGCACCAGAGCUGUUCUUGAUUUUGCAGAAAUACCAUCCAACCUCUUUGAAUACUAUGCAUGGGAUCAUCGAGUUUUGAAAAAAUUUGCUAGACACUAUUCAACUGGAGAAGAAAUCCCUCCGAAGUUGGUUGAGUCAAUGAAGGGUGCCAGAGAUAUGUUUGCUGCAACUGAACUGCAACGUCAGAUCUUCUAUGCUAUUGUCGACCAAACACUUUUUGGAGAGCAGCCACUCCCUCACAGUGAUAUUAGUUCUGUUGUUGCAGAACUGAAAAGAGAGCACACCAAUUUUGAACAUGUGGAAGGCACACAUUGGGAGACCCGAUUUAGUCAUCUACUUAAUUAUGGUGCAGGUUAUUAUAGCUAUUUGUAUGCCAAGUGUUUUGCUGCAACCAUAUGGAAGAGGCUGUGCCAGGAGGAUCCACUUUCACCAGAUACAGGAUUUGCUCUAAGAAAAAAAUUCUUACAGCAUGGAGGAGCCAGAGAACCAACUACUUUGUUAAGUGAUCUAGCAGGAGACGGGAUAUAUAGGUAUUAUGAUGGAGGGAUAAUGCCUGAUAUUUCAAGUCUUUGUGAUGAAAUGAAACUGGUUGAAGAAUAUCAGCAGAAGGUUCAUUUGUUGUGAUUUUUAAAGAUACAGGACUUGACGCAAACAGCACCCACCAUAUUGUGCACGUGGGCACAUAGCAAAUAGUACACCAUUCAAACUAUGCUGAUAAAUUUUGUUAGAAUUUGUUUAGGUUCUCUAUCUGUCUCUCUUUACACGACCCUGUCCCUAUCAUACGAAAUACUUAGAGGAUCCAUUUUUGGUGCAAGGCACAAUUUCACGUGUCAUUUACACAUGCACUCACAUUCAAAGAAAUGAAAUGAAAGAACAUAUCUACACAGUACUGUCUAAAACACGCUGGACUGUAUGCUUGUAGAUAUCUUAAAGAAUCAA